AAAUUAGGGUUUCGGGAGUGAUCAUUUUUGUUUUGCUAUUACAACUUUGUAAAUUACACGUGUCGUUUUCUAAAAAAGAAAUUAGAUUGUCAUGUACCUAAAAAAUAAAAUCGUCACGGAACAAGAAGCUCCUGAUUAAGGCAUGGAUCAGACAAGCAUUGUUGAGGCUUAUGCAUGUGGGCAAGUACCAGGGCUGUCUCUAUCAUCAUCUCUAUUUUCUUAUUCCAUACAAUAAUUUAUUAAUUAACCACAAAAAUUCAAUGAACGCACAUAAAAUAUCUUAUAAUCUAUCUAUAAAUUAAAACCAAUCUCUUUGUACAAUCCUUUAUCCUUUUCUUCGUUCAUCAUCUACAAGCAUCAAAAUUCUUCUGAAUAUCAUCGAAAUGGAAGUCAAUUAUUGUCCGGAAACACCGUUGCUUUCGUCAAACGAUCAUGAGGCUGGUGAUCAGAAACCGAAGUUAACCGGUAUGGUUUCUUCAAUGAAAUCAAAUUUCUUCACGGAUUUGCCUCACAAACUUCGAUCCAAUAUCGAUCCGGAGAACCCUUUUCACCUUGAUGUCUCCAAAGCUGCAGGCCUCAAAGGAGAUGAAAAGGAGUACUACGAAAGACAAUUGGCAACAUUAAAAUCCUUUGAGGAAGUAGAAAGUUUCUUAGCUCGAUCAGAUGAGUAUACCAUCGAUGAAAAAGAAGAAGAAGAAGAUCGAGCUGAGAGAGCUGCACAAGAGCUUGCCAUGCAAAUCUCCAAUUGGGCAAACAUCUUUUUACUUGCUCUCAAGAUAUAUGCUACUGUAAAGAGUGGAUCCAUAGCGAUUGCAGCAUCGACACUCGACUCUUUGCUUGACCUUAUGGCAGGAGGAAUACUUUGGUUCACACAUUUGUCAAUGAAGAACGUAAAUAUCUACAAAUAUCCUAUAGGAAAGCUUAGGGUGCAACCUGUUGGAAUCAUCAUUUUCGCCGCUGUUAUGGCCACCCUUGGGUUCCAAGUGCUGCUUGUGGCAGCUGAGCAAUUGAUUUCGAAUGAACCUUCAGAGAAGAUGAAUCAUGUCCAAUUGAUUUGGUUAUAUUCAAUCAUGCUAAGCGCAACAGCUAUCAAACUCGUCUUAUGGAUCUACUGCAAAAGCUCGAGAAAUCAUAUAGUUCGUGCCUACGCAAAGGAUCAUCACUUUGAUGUGGUAACAAAUGUUCUUGGAUUGGUCGCGGCCGUUCUUGCUAAUGCCUAUUAUUGGUGGCUCGAUCCGACUGGUGCUAUUCUUUUAGCCAUCUACACUAUUGUCAACUGGUCCGGGACUGUUAUGGAAAAUGCAGUUUCAUUGAUCGGACAAUCAGCUCCUCCAGAAGUACUACAAAAGCUGACAUACCUAGUGAUGCGCCAAGGUGGCGAUAACAUCAAACAUGUGGAUACCGUCCGUGCCUAUACCUUUGGUGUUCUCUAUUUUGUCGAGGUGGAUAUAGAACUGCCGGAGGAUUUGCCAUUGAAAGAAGCUCAUGCUAUUGGUGAAUCAUUGCAAAUAAAGCUUGAAGAACUUCCAGAGGUGGAAAGAGCUUUUGUUCAUCUAGAUUUUGAGUGUCAUCACAAGCCUGAACAUUCAGUCCUUUCUACAAUCCCCAAUGAUUUAUGAAGAUUGCAUGAGAAUCCCAGACCUAUGGAGGGGCCAAGACUAAUCCCUUGGGGGAGGUCUUCUCUAACUCAUAAAACAUUUUACAAGCUCUAAAAUGACCUUUUAAUUAGUUGGGACGCAUGCUAUCAUAUAUUUUUGUAACGCAAAUUUUUAUGUUUUUGCAAAUUCUUCCCUUUACAUCGGAUUUUGCAUUUAGAAUUUAAAUUAAUAUGUGAGAAACUAAAAAUAUGAAAUUCAUUAAAAUGAAGAGUUAUUAUAA